AUGGCUUCCAUGGGGCUGCAGGUGCUGGGCAUCGCGCUGGCCGUGCUGGGCUGGCUGGGGGCCAUACUGAGCUGCGCGCUGCCCAUGUGGCGGGUGACGGCCUUCAUCGGCAGCAACAUCGUCACGGCUCAGACCAGCUGGGAGGGCCUGUGGAUGAACUGCGUGGUGCAGAGCACCGGCCAGAUGCAGUGCAAGGUGUACGACUCGCUGCUGGCGCUGCCCCAGGACCUGCAGGCGGCCCGCGCCCUCAUCGUCAUCAGCAUCAUCGUGGCGGCGCUGGGCAUGCUGCUGUCUGUGGUCGGGGGCAAGUGCACCAACUGCGUGGAGGAUGAGACCACCAAGGCCAAGACCAUGAUCGUGGCGGGCGUGGUGUUCCUGCUGGCCAGCCUGCUGGUGAUGGUGCCUGUGUCCUGGACGGCCCACAACGUCAUCCGCGACUUCUACAACCCGCUGGUGGCCGCGGGGCAGAAGCGGGAGAUGGGCGCUGCGCUCUACAUCGGCUGGGCGGCCUCGGGGCUGCUGCUGCUGGGGGGCGCCCUGCUCUGCUGCAACUGCCCGCCCCGCGCCGACAAGCCCUACUCGGCCAAGUACUCGGCAGCCCGCUCUGCCCCGGCCAGCAACUACGUGUGA